AUGAAAUCCGCGUAUUUAAGACCACCUGUUGUCACACAAAAACACGCAAACCGUCCAAAAUGUGAUAACGAAAUGUCCAAGGAACCUGUUAAAGUUUUCUGUCGUUUAAGACCAAUGAUUCGUCCUAACGACAUAUCAUGUAUAAAGAUUAUUUCUGAUACAAGCUUAGUUAUCUCAUCGCCUGAAUCUGUAACAAACAUUCGUACUACGAACAGAGCUAUUCAAGUGUCUUUCAGCCAUAUUUUUGGCUCGAAUGCUUCUCAGAAAGAAGUGUUUAAUUUUAUUGCAUUACCACUGAUAGAAAAUCUCAUAAGUGGUAAAAACAGUUUACUUUUCACAUAUGGAGUAACUGGAAGUGGUAAAACAUAUACUAUGUCUGGCAAUCCUCAUGAUGCUGGCAUUAUGUCUCGUACUUUGGAUGUUAUUUUUAAAGCUAUAGCAAACUAUCAGACCAAGAAGUUUAUCUUCAAACCAGACAAGUUGAAUGGAUUUGAUAUUCAAUCUGAAACUGAUGCAAUGUUAGAUAGACAAAAUGAACUUCAAAGAUUUAUAGCAGCUCAAAAUGGAAGAACCCCUAAAAUGCGAAAACUAAUUGACGAGGAUAACAAUAACAAAAAUGGGUUAAUACAAACUAGUGACUCAGAAACUGUACUUAUUGAUGAGGAUAACGUAUAUGCUGUAUUUAUAACUUAUGUUGAAAUUUAUAAUAACAGUGUGUACGAUUUACUGGAGGACAAUGAGGGUAAAGCAAAAACUUUACAGAGUAAAAUUAUUCGCGAGGAUGGAUACAGAAACAUGUAUGUUCAUGGAUGUACAGAAGUAGAAGUUAAAAACUCUGAGGAAGCGUUUGAAGUAUUUCAGCUAGGUCAGCAUAAAAGGCAUAUCGCGUAUACAGCCCUUAAUGCAGAAUCAAGUAGAUCUCACAGUGUUUUCACUAUAAGACUGGUACAGGCACCAUUAGAUAGAGAAGGUGAACAAAUUGUUCAAGAUAAACGAGUGAUUUGUAUCAGUCAGUUGUCUUUGGUAGAUUUAGCUGGAAGUGAACGUACAAAUCGUUCCAAAAAUACGGGUCAACGACUCCGAGAAGCAGGAAAUAUAAAUAAUUCAUUAAUGACAUUGCGAACAUGCUUGGAGAUACUACGCGAAAACCAAACCCAGAAUACGACUAAAAUAGUCCCUUAUCGAGAUUCUAAAGUGACACACCUUUUCAAGAAUUAUUUCGACGGCGAGGGAGCUGUGAGAAUGAUCGUUUGCGUUAAUCCUAGUGUCGACGACUAUGACGAAACUAUCCAAGUAAUGAAAUUUGCUGAAGUUAGCCAAGAAGUGCAAGUUACAAAUUCUGCAACUCCGAAACUAGAUUUAGGAUAUAUACCCGGUAGAAGACAAGCCAAUAAAAUAUUUAAAGAAGCAAAGAAUAGAUUGGAAUGUGCCGGUCACCCAGCUGCUGGUGACUUAGAAGUUGAUUUAGGUUUAGUAUAUAGUCUUGGAGGUCCAUUUCCGGAUAUGGACUUAUCCAGCCCGCACAAUGACGAAUUAAUUACGACGCUGAUGCACUUUCUGGAAACACGUAUUCAAAAACGAAACGUCUUACAAGAUGAUUUGAGACAAAAACAAAGUAAUUUCCGAAAUAUGCUGGUAAAAAUAGAGCGAGAGACCGUGUCACUAAAAAUUGAAAAUUGUGCAUUGAAAGCAACGAAUGAUCAGCAAAAGAAGAAAAUAUCUACUUUGGAAUCUCAUAUCUGUAAAACGGAAGCCCAAAUCGAUACUUUACUGUACCGAUUAAAUAGCGCGAACGACAUAAUCAGACACAUGAAGCAAGAAUUGAAGAACAAAGAUCUGAUAAUAAAUCAACGUGAAAUAGAUAAACAAAGAGUUAAAGAAAAAUACAGCAGUAAAAUUCAAGCAGAGACUGAUAAAAUGAGUAAGGAACUGGAAUGUAAAUUACGCCGCCAACGUGAACUCCUCCAGUGUCAAAUGAAGGAGAAGGAGGACAAACUAAAAUUAAUGAAACAGAUAUUAGUGAACGACGAUAAUGUUGACAAUAAGGAGAAAGAAGAAUCUAAGGAAACAAUUUCAGCAACGAACGAUGCUGAAAUUCCUACGUCUUCCAAACCUGCGACUAGUUCGAAUAGUGGUUCAGAAAGUAUAUCUUGUAUGACAGACACUCCAAAAAUUAUAGGAAAUACUGUGUCUACUGUUAAGUUUGAGAAUAAUAACGACGUCCGAUUAAGCAGAAAAGAAAAAAUUCCAGUGGUGAAUCUGCGAUACAGACGGUCACAGAGUGCAGACAGAUGGCUCGACCAUCGGCCUCCUGGUUUAGUUCCAGUUGGUACUAUUCUACAACCAUUAAUACGACAUAAAUUAAGCGUUACACAAUUAACAGACCCGAAGGAUAUAACGGAUAGAGCAUCCAGAUAUUGCCUCAUUGCACAGGAGCAGGAUGCAGACGGUGAACUUGAAACUAAACUUUACAAAGGUGAUAUAUUACCAACUAGUGGAGGAGGUGCACAAGUUGUGUUUAACGAUAUGGAACACUUAAAACAACUGUCUCCCGUUGUAAGAAGAAAACGUAGCGGUUUUACCAGCUCAGAAAAUAAAGAUUCCGUUACUGAAACGGAUCCUUGCGAUUCGGAGAAAAAUAAUUUGAAGAAACCACGUGUUUAGCAAUAUUACUUAAACUUUUAUAUGCGUUAUUUCACCUCGCUCGUGAAACUUAACAAAAACUUGUUUUACAAGUAGAAUUAAGUACAUAGUAUAAUAUGUAAAACCAAAGUUACGAAGAGAUGCGAUUCUCUUCAUUUUUUUUUUAUGCAAUAACGAAAAGUACAAAUCAAUUAUAAGUAUAGAAAUUUACGUUUAGUACAUUUUUGUUUAAUUUGACAACGAAAUAUAUAUUUUCUGUUACCGAAUUAUAUUAAUAAUAGAAAAAUAAUUUAACUGUUUGUA